CCCUGCGGCCUGCAGCCGUAACAAGAUGGCCAAACGAACCAAGAAGGUUGGGAUUGUGGGUAAAUAUGGUACCCGAUACGGAGCUUCCCUGAGGAAAAUGGUGAAGAAGAUUGAAAUUAGCCAGCAUGCUAAAUAUACUUGCUCCUUCUGUGGCAAGACCAAAAUGAAGAGGAAAGCUGUGGGUAUCUGGCACUGUGGCUCUUGUAUGAAAACAGUAGCUGGUGGCGCCUGGACAUACAACACCACUUUAGUGGUGACAGUGAACUCUGCCAUACUGAAGGAUUUAAAAGACAAGUAGAAGCAUAUUUUUGUUCCACUGUUACUCUUCCUCUACAGUUCAUGUCCUUAUUGUCAAUUAAAGGUGGUUAUGAACAU